GGAGCAUUUUCCCCGCCCUCUUCUGAUGGGAAAGGACGAAUUUGAUUGGUUAAGAGAAUCGAAGGUGUUUACUUCACGGACUGUCAGACUAGAGGGUUGACAGUGACGAGUGUCCACUUUCUCAGCUGAGUUCCUCGCACAGGAUAAUAAAAAUGGGAUUAGAUGCCAAAACACUGAAGCACAGAUUAACUCAUGACACACAGAAAGAGUUUGGAGGAACUCUAGGUGCCGUGUGCAUUCCCAUCUUUCUACCACUGACCGUACUCUUCCUGAUCUCCCUGAGUCGAAGUCCAGAUGCGAGUGUGCUCCAGUGGCCUCCUUCCCUUCCCUCCUACAAUCAGCUGUUGGACCCUCUGGCUCCUGUGCUCCUGCUGGGAUGGAUCGCUCUGCACGUCCUCCUCUACCAUCUCCCAUGUGGGAAGGUUUCUGAAGGGUUGGUUCUCAGGGAUGGAACACGACUCAAGUAUCCCAUUAAUGGUUUCCACGGCCUUUGCGUCAGCGCCGCGCUCCUGAUUUUGCUAGUGUGCCUCGGCGCUCCCCUCGGGUAUGUGUUUGAGCUGCUCUUGCCUCUGGCAGCGUCUGCCAUAGCCGUGUCCUUCCUCCUCUCCAUCUACCUCUACGUCCGCUCCUUUUGGGCUCCCUCCCAUGCUCUGGCUUUGGGCGGAAACACAGGCAAUCCUCUGUAUGACUUCUUCAUUGGGAGGGAGCUGAACCCCCGCAUUGGAAGCUUCGACCUGAAAUACUUCUGUGAGCUCAGACCAGGUUUGAUAGGCUGGGUGGUGAUAAAUUUUGGAAUGCUGAUGAAGGAGGUGGAGCUCCGAGGGUCCCCCUCCCUCGCCAUGAUGCUGGUGAACAGCUUCCAGCUGCUGUACGUGGCAGAUGCUCUGUGGAACGAGGAAGCGGUCCUGACCACCAUGGACAUCGUGCACGAUGGUUUUGGUUUCAUGCUGGUCUUCGGGGACCUGGCCUGGGUCCCGUUCACGUACGGCCUGCAGGCUGCCUUCCUGGUUGUGCACCCACAGACCCUGUCCUGGCUCAAAGCCAUGUUUAUACUCUCACUGAACGGUAUUGGAUAUUACAUUUUCAGAAAAUCCAACUCACAGAAGAACCAGUUCAGGCGAGACCCGACUCAUCCAACUGUCACUGGACUAGAAACAAUUGCUACGGCAACAGGGAAGCGUCUGCUGGUGUCUGGCUGGUGGGGUUUCGUUCGCCAUCCCAACUACUUGGGGGACCUCCUCAUGGCUCUGGCCUGGUCCCUGCCCUGUGGGUUUUCUCAUAUUCUGCCUUAUUUCUACGUCAUCUACUUCACCGUCCUGCUGGUUCACAGAGAGGCGCGCGAUGAGAGGCAGUGCAAAGCCAAAUACGGACUGGCGUGGGACACCUACUGCCACCGCGUCCCCUAUAGGAUCUUUCCUUACAUUUACUGAAAAGGACAUUGUUUAAACAUCAACACUUCUUACACAAUAUCCACUUCAUUUACAGUUUUUUCUACUGCAUCAACAACAUAUGAACUUAUCCUCACAUGUGGACUUUGAAACCAGCAAAGGCUGCAGAUGAAGCCGAUCAGAACCUCUACCAUAAACAUUUGGUGAUGAUGCAGCCUGAGAACGAAAAAAUCGAUGAAGUGCCUUUGGUUAAUAAAGACGACCUUGUGUUUGUA